AUGAAUACCGUUUGGUGUUUAUGUGUAUCGGUGGUGCUCUACUCCGGCGUGCUAAAUGCCGACAGUACUCAGGAGUCCGAGUCGUGCGCCGCCACCAACCUGUGGGCGGACCUGCUGGAGCAGUGGACCACCUCUGCCGAUUAUCACAACGACAGACAUGGUCGAGUAAUGGCGUUGCCGCCUACAACAGGUUAUUACGUAACCGAACGAAUAGACGGGCCACUAUCGCCGCCACCGCCGCCUCCGCACGGUCCUAGCGGUGGUCCAUAUGGACCGGCCGCAGCGAUCCACGGACCACAGCCGUACGGACCAGCCACAGGGCCGCAGCCAGGGCAUGGAUACUUAACGGCGCAGGGGCCACACGCGGCGCCCCACGGACCGGCACAAUAUCCAGCGUCUAGUUAUUCGCAGUACGAAGAAUGGAAGGCCACGCCCCCGCCGCCACCUGGCGCUGGAAAGAUUGUGAAUCGACCACCGAAUCCUUACAAAGACAAAUUUAAGCCAAGUUACCAACUACCGCCACAGUCGCCUCAGAAUCAGCCGAUUCCGGUGCCACAUCAGUGGGGCGGCGGGGGCGUAGACCGCGUGGAUGGCCCCUCGGGCGCUUCGCCCCCCCGCCGCGUGUCGGAGACGGACCUGUACCUGCUCACCGCCAUAGAGAAACUCGUGUACCGCGCCGACACCAUGGAGAAACGACUGCGCAAACUGGAGGACGCGCUACACUACAUCGUCGCCGGGAAGGAACCCGACGCAGAGCCGUGCGCGAACGGGUUCCAGCGCGUGGCGGACCGUUGUUAUUCGUUGUCGAGCGAAGCCGCCGACUGGAAGGCGGCCAGCGUGAGGUGCCGCAAGCUGCACGCGCAUCUGCUGGAGCUCCACGGCGCGCCGCAGCGGCAGGCGCUGCUCGCGCGGAUACUCGCCGACCACCAGUUCAGAGGUCACCGCACCGACCGUACCGGCAAGGACUUCUGGACGGGCGGCCUCAACCCCGGCCUGCUGUGGAUCUGGUCGCACUCGGCGCGGCCGGUCAACGACACCGGCGACGGUAACGCCGGCAACAACAACAACAGCAACAACAACAACGGUAACGACAGCAACGGCAGCAGCAUCCCGGGCCAGGGCCGCUGCCUGGCGCUGGUGCCGGCGCCCGCGCGGGACACGUACCUGUACCAGGGGCACGACUGCGCGCUCACGCACAGGUCGGUAAUGUUUUAAAUAACCAGCUGCUUUUCCUCGACUUCGCCUGCAUCAAUUGUAGCUAGGGUUGCCAGAUGGCCGGGAUUUCCGGCAUUGUCGCGGAAUUUUACAUGUUUUCCCGUGAAUUACGUUUACUGCAGCCGGAGGUUCGAAAAAAAACCAAAAUUAUUAUAAUAAAUUUAAUUAAAAAGGAAAAUACUUAUAAAAAUAAUUUAACAUCUAAAAAUAACCUAUGACCGUUUCGAUGUUAGAAAUCAAAGUGAGUAUAAAAUAUUAUAAUUGCUUAAGUGGUGUAAACUGCAGCGUCGGCAACUCGUGUCAGCUUGACCUCGACGUCGAUGCACGGCGAUUAGGUAUAGACAUAGCUGCGUAAGGGAUUCUCUUCCAGUGUUCAUACAUAAUUCCUCCACCCCGAGAGCAGCGACUAUUUGAGAACCUUUAGUGAAAAUGUCGCUGGAUGUCUCUGGUUAUCCUGUUUCAGGUUUUCUGGAUCCGCGUAGUUGUGUUCACUGGUAG